GCACGCGCGCAAACACACUCACUGGCUGCACAGACCUGCUUUCAAUAGUGGAGGGGCUUUACGACGAACGAGGCACACACAGACAACGCGUGUGCAUUGUUGAGAAUCACGCCUUGGUCUCGGACCACUGGAAAACGCCAACAAUCUAUGCUACAUUGAUUACAAUCGGUCUGUAUUAGUAUCAAUGGCUUGUUUUUGAAAUCGUUCAAAAUAUUGGUCUGGAGAAGAGGAGACGGAGGGCUGAGAUAACGUGCGCGCGUGAGAGAGGGAACGAGAGAGGAGAGAGAGUAAACGUGGGAGACAGAGGUGAAAGGAGACUAUCACAAUGAUGGAACUUACAAUGGAGAACAUUGGGAACCUUCACGGCGUUUCUCACGGCCAUCAAGAGGACCUGAUGAACUCUCCCCACGGUCGGCAAUCGUCACAUAGAAACCUGGUGUCGCACGGGCGCUCGGCGAUGGUUUCCAGCAUGGCUUCAAUUUUAGAGGGGGCUGGAGACUAUCGCACCGACCACUCAUUGUCCGGUCCCUUACACCCGGCCAUGACCAUGUCCUGCGACUCCGGGAUGAGCUUAAGCAGCACCUACACUACAUUAACGCCGUUGCAGCACCUGCCUCCAAUUUCCACAGUCUCCGAGAAAUUUCACCACCAUCCCCACCAACAUGCCCACCACCAUCCGGUUCAUCAGCGUCUCACUGCCGGGAAUGUUAGCGGCAGCUUUACCCUCAUGCGGGAUGACCGGAGUUUAGCAUCCAUGGGCAAUCUUUACAGUCAUUACCCCAAAGAUAUGUCUGGCAUGGGGCAGUCGUUAUCUCCUCUGUCCAACGGGCUUGGGUCUUUGCACAACUCUCAGCAGACUCUCUCGGCCUACGGUCCUGGGACCCAUCUUUCAAACGACAAGAUGAUGUCCACAGGAGGCUUCGAGAGCCACGCAGCGAUGCUGUCUAGGAGCGAAGACCACCUAGCUCGGGGUUUGGGGGGGCAUGGUGCUGGCAUCAUGACCUCUCUCAAUGGAAUUCACCAUCACAACCACCCGCACUCUCAGGCCAACGGGUCUAUGUUGACCGAACGGGAUAGACAGUCUGUAGGGGGUGGGCAGGGAGGGGGGUCAGGGCAGGUAGAGGAGAUAAACACCAAAGAGGUGGCACACCGCAUAACCGCGGAGCUCAAAAGGUACAGUAUUCCGCAGGCAAUCUUCGCCGCAAGAAUCUUGUGUCGGUCGCAGGGAACGCUUUCUGAUCUGCUCCGGAAUCCCAAACCAUGGAGUAAACUCAAGUCUGGACGAGAAACCUUUCGGAGGAUGUGGAAAUGGCUGCAAGAACCCGAGUUCCAGCGAAUGUCAGCGCUCAGACUAGCAGCCUGUAAGCGGAAGGAGCAGGAACAGCAGAAGGACCGCAACAUGGCGCCCAAGAAGCAACGUCUGGUCUUCACGGACCUGCAGCGCCGCACGCUCAUCGCCAUCUUCAAGGAGAACAAGCGGCCGUCCAAGGAGAUGCAGAUCACCAUCGCCCAGCAGCUGGGCCUGGAGGUCAGCACGGUCAGCAACUUCUUCAUGAACGCCCGCCGCCGCUGCAUGGACCGCUGGAUCGACGAGCACCACAGCGGCAGCCCGGGGCAGCCGGGCACCUCUGCCACCACCUUCUCCAAGGCCUGAGAGGGCCGCUGUAGAGCUGGCGCCAGGCCUGGUGCUACCAUCGCCCAUUGCCACUCACUCGGUCGCCACGAGGAGCUGUUAGCGACAUGCUAAACGAUUCGCUCCUUCAGUCCUGCUCUUUCAACUUCUCCAUUUUGUUUUCUCUCUCUCUCUGUCUGUUGGACGGUUAUGAUGCAGAAUAGUACACAGGCAAAUAAGCGUUCAGGUCCAUACAUGGACAGACCUUAUUAGGUAUUUUUUUCUUUUGAUGUUUUGUUCAGCAUCAUGUUAAAACCCUACCCACGUGCUGAGAUGUCAAGCCUCAAGUAGCCUCCUCAUUCUAAACGGUUGCUAAAACGAAUUCCUUUAAGCAUUCCCUUACUGCGUUUGCUCGGCCUCACUGAAAUCACAUGUAUGUGAGGACGCGAGAGCAAAACAGCAGCAAUAAGCACCACAGCACACAACCUUUUGACGUCCCAACCAAGCCUCUGUACGUACACGGCACUCACAAAGAAGAAAACAACCACCACAACAACAACCACACAGUUCCCGCAGAAACCAGUUCUGCCGUCCUCUUCACCUCCCCCCACCUCACCGACCCAACCACCCUUUGCCAGAGGUAUUCUCUGAAGCCCAGGCCAUUUCAUAGAGGCUCUCAGAUCAUGCACCAGGCUAAUGAAUUGAAAAUGUAAUCGAUGCAGACAGAAAGCAAGGGGCCUUGAACCUUCCUGAAGGUGAAAUGGAACACGCUUCACAAUGGAGAUACUCAGGUCUGCCCCAGUUCAGGUCUAUAUUUUUGCACAGAUGUUGGAAAACCUGCUGGGAAGGCUGUCUGUCCUUGCUUAUAGAAGUGAAGAGGCUCUGUUCCUUUCUGUUGGGAAGGUUCCUGAAAUAAGAAAUUACGUCUGUUCCUGCUCGUUGAAUAAUAAUGGGGAAAAAAAAAAAAAGUAAAACGGUCGCUGCUUUAUAGCCUCUGAGGAGAGAGAGAAUGAAGAGCACACGGAAAUCUAGAACAUUUCACAAUGGCUAAUGCAAAGCGGCCAUUCUCAACCUGCAUAGAGUGACAGUGCCAUCUGCUGGUCAAAACAGCAAUCGCAAUUUAACAACGCCAGAGAGAUGGUUCCUCAUUUCCCAGGACAAGCCACGUCGGCACAUGUGGCAUACGGUUAAAUCUAAGAAGACUGACGGUCUUCUAGUCUCUAGGACUUUGUCAAUCAUCUUGCUGUACACAAGGCUUAAAGGUUAGCGACGUUCAACAGAUGGGCUGCAAGACACAAAGAAAUAGUCGAAUAAGUCAUGGUCAAUUGAUCACAAACUAAAAGUAACUCUACGAUGUGAGGAACUUCCUCUGUACCUUACUAGGGCGUGUUACAUAUUUUAAACUCAUACUGACAUAUACUUUAUUUUAAAUGUGGAAGGGAAGCUGUAGGUAUUUGCACAGCACAAUUUGCAUUGAACAUUGUAAUCUGUAUGUUACCAACCUUCAAAUUAUGAUUGUCUGACAUCAUUUCAUAGUACAAAUAUCUCAUUAUUAUUAUUACUUUUUUUAAGGAGGACAUGUGGUUGACCACAUAACAGUCCAAAACUAUUUCAGAAACUAGUGCCAAUGAUAACUGCCUUAAUGCUAAUCAGUGAUGGUACAGCAUUCACACAGCUUCAGCAAGCCCCACCCCUCUUAACGGGCAGCGUGUGCCAUAGCAACCAACAAUCAUCUUUGAAUUGAUUCGAAUCUAGCUACUUUUUUCUACGCAUCAGAAUGUCUGAAAGAAAUUAGACAAGAAAUCUCAAUGAACAGCUGCUACACAGACCACAAGACAAAUGACACCCUUUCAAAAACACAACAAACACAGCGAUCGUUCUGUCUUUGGUUCUCUACCUCCUCUUCAUCCCCCUCUUCCUACUCUCUCUCUCUCUCCCUCUCUCUCUCUCUCUCUCUGUCUCUCUGUCUUUCUUUCUCUCUCCCACUAUAAUAAUGAUGCGGGUAAUUAGUACCAUAGAAACAAAGUUUCUAUUCCUUGUUACUGUUGUGAUCGGUUGUGCAUAUGUAAGGCACCUUUCUUCAUAAAUUGCAAAUGGAAAGAUGAAAGGACUUUUUUUAAAGGAAAAUGACUGGGGGGUGGGAAACACAAGGAAUGGUGAGACAGAGAAAACUGAGACCGCUGGACAAGCAUUCUCACAUCCCUUCAUGCGUCCACGGGUGAUGG